UUUACCGCUCAUCUCAACAGAGUGUGAGAAAAUGGGAGGCAGACGAGAGGGUUCUUUAUGUCACUUUUCCUGGAGACAUCAACCCACGGAUGAGAACCAGAACAUGUUCAAACGGUUCCUCUUCCACUACUCUAAGAACCAGAAUGCAGGAGGUCCCUUACAGAAGGAUUCCAACUCUGUCCAUCCUCUGAUGCGUCUCUCCCCAAACCUCGCGGCACGACGGAAGAAGCAACUCCUGCUCGCAUCCCUGGGUCCUCAGGGAUGACCCCUCCCCUCCCCCUCCUCGUCUCCUGGUGACCUUCAGAUGACCUAGUGACCU